AUGGAAGAAAAAGCCUCUAAGAGAACAGCCUCCAUACCACAGCUCACUAAUUCCCCCACAAUGGUGAUCAUGGUGGGUUUACCAGCCAGAGGCAAGACCUACAUCUCUACGAAGCUCACACGAUAUCUCAACUGGAUAGGAACACCAACUAAAAUGUUUAACUUAGACAACAUGGAGGCCCAACUUAUCAGGAAGCAGUGUGCUCUAGCAGCCCUAAAGGAUGUCCAUAAGUAUCUCAGCCAUGAGGAAGGUCAUGUUGCGGUUUUUGAUGCCACCAACACUACCAGAGAACGACGCUCAUUGAUUCUGCAGUUUGCUAAAGAACAUGGUUACAAGGUCUUCUUUAUUGAGUCUAUUUGUAAUGACCCAGACAUUAUUGCAGAAAACAUCAGGCAAGUGAAACUUGACAGUCCUGAUUAUGUAGACUGUGACAAAGAAAAGGCUAUGGAAGACUUUCUAAAGAGAAUUGAGUGCUAUGAGAUCAACUACCAACCUUUGGAUGAGAAAUUAGACAGCCACCUGUCCUACAUCAAGAUCUUCAGCAUGGGCACACGCUACAUGGUCAAUCGAGUACAGGACCACAUUCAGAGCCGUAUAGCCUACUACCUCAUGAACAUCCAUGUCACACCUCGAUCUAUCUACCUAUGCCGGCAUGGUGAGAGUGAACUCAACCUUAGAGGCCGAAUUGGAGGUGACUCUGGCCUCUCAGCUCAGGGCAAGGAGUAUGCCUAUGCCCUGGCCAAUUUCAUUCGGUCUCAAGGCAUCAGCUCCCUGAAGGUGUGGACUAGCCACAUGAAGAGGACCAUUCAGACAGCUGAAGCCCUGGGUGUCCCCUAUGAACAGUGGAAGGCCCUGAAUGAGAUUGAUGCGGGUGUCUGUGAAGAGAUGACCUAUGAAGAAAUUCAGGAACACUACCCUGAAGAAUUUGCACUACGGGACCAGGAUAAAUAUUAUUACCGCUAUCCCAGGGGAGAGUCCUAUGAGGACCUGGUUCAGCGUCUUGAGCCAGUUAUUAUGGAGCUAGAACAGCAAGAAAAUGUACUGGUGAUAUGUCACCAGGCUGUCAUGCGGUGCCUCCUGGCAUACUUCCUGGAUAAAAGUUCAGAUGAGCUGCCCUACCUCAAGUGUCCUCUGCAUACAGUGCUCAAACUCACACCUGUGGCUUAUGGCUGCAGAGUGGAGUCCAUCUACCUGAAUGUGGAGACUGUAAACACACACUGGGACAAGCCUGAGAACGUGGACAUCACCCGUGAACCUGAGGAAGCCCUGGACACUGUUCCUGCCCAUUACUGA